AUGACCUUUGACUCGCGCUCUAAAACCGAAAACAGAGGGAGCGGUGGGCACGACGAAGAGCAUGACAUGCGAUGGAUUCCGAUGGAGCUGUACACGUAUGGGCUCCAGGUCGUGCAAGGGCUUCCUGCAUGUCACCAACGAUAUGGUGGUGAGGGCCCAGACCUUCCACACCCAUCCGCCGAGGCUGGAACCCCCCCGAUGGCUUCGGACCCCAAUGAAGAUGGCGGAGAGAGGACCAUCAUCAUUAUCAAACCAAUGGACGUCCACUGCAGGACAUAUGCCUCUUGCGUGGGCUUCCAAGCAUCACGGUCUCGUGCCGCCAGCAUCCAACGGCUCCCUGCAACCCGGUUGAUGUUGUCGGCCGUAGGAUUAGAUGGCAUAGUACUCAAGUUGUUAAGUAAUAAUUUUCUUUUUUUAAUAACAAGUGUUAACGUUCAUUAUUUUGUCUUCACAGUUGAAUUCUACUUGCGUCCAAAUGGCAGGAUCAACCUACGGCUGAACAAUUUUACAUUUUACAAGCAUUUAAAAGCACGCAGCAACGCGCAUAGAUGGAGCUGCACCGCCUACGGCUCCAAGUGGAAGUGCAAGGCGCACUUAAUCAUCACCGAUAAGUUGGAAGUCCUCAAAGCUAACGUAUCCCACAGUCAUCCGCCUAGCACAAAGAAAGAAAUACGAAACCAAAUAAAACCAAUUUAUCCCAUGUGGAAUGGCACUGGUAAUAAAGAGAAUGGCACUCCGGUUCGACCCUCCCAACCGCCCUCACUAACCCCACUCCAUGAUUACCUAGUAGCUCAUAGCGUUUUUAGUAAUUAUGUAUAAGAAUUUUUGGCAGUAUACAAAGUUGUGCACAUUUGGCUUUCAAACUAAAUCGAUUGGUCUAAAAAAUGAUUUUAGUUUAACAGGUACAAAUCUAAAUACAGAAGUUUACAAUCGGCACGAUUUGACUUAUGGACAUUAAAAAAAAUAAAGUUAGCUAGUAGCUAGUAAAAUAGUGCCGAGAACCGAAUCCUACUGUGAAAAAGGCGGAAUUAAAAAAAAAGACAACCCAAUGUGUCGAUAAACCUAAUCGUAAAGUUCAAGAUUAGCAAGCAUUUUUAAAAGUAUUAGUACCGUGGUCAGUGACUCCUUUUUUUCAGAAUUAAUGUUGCAAAGUAUUGUGCACUAUUUAGACCUAUCAAUUUGGUUGAGCAUACAGACGUUUAUAAUUUUUCCGUUGAAAAAAAUCGCACGUAAAUAAAUGUAUAAAAUUUCAACCCAGACCGUAUUCAAUUGCGCUUUUUGUAUAAUUUGAAUUUUCUAAAAAGUUAUGUAUGUUAUAUAGCCAAAUUGGCACAAUUGCCUUAUUUAGUGAGCAUAUAGCUGUUGCUAAUAUUUAGCUUUAGCGUUACCUUGUCUUUAGUUGUAAGUAAUUAUCGCAUAUCAUGUAUGGGUUUUGUUUUCAAUGAUAAAGAAACCCUAAUGAAAUUAUAAAUUAUUCCCAGUUUUGCGACAAUGUUGCUAUAACAACAAUUUUGGGAUUGAAAAUAUGUGUAGCGUUCUCUGAAUUUCUAGCAGCUAAAAUUGUAAUCGCUAAAAUGCGUGUUUAUUUGUGUACGUAAGAUUGCAUAAUAUUGGUAUCCACAAGUUGUGCUUUUUGCACAUUUUUGGUUUGCUUAUAAGACUGUCUAUAUAUUAUAAGAUUAAAAUUAUUUUUAUUGUGAUAUGUUUACACGUAUGGUCAGAAUGUACUCGUAGUUUCGAUGUUAGGAUGUAUUACCGAUUACCAUAGGCUAAGGUUGCGAUAUCCCCAUUUAAAAUUACGUAUGUAAUACCAACGUUCAUUAAAAUGAUGUUUGGAUAAAGUGCCUUCUCGUAUCUUGUCUUAUUAGAUUAAAGUUUUGUAACGGUUUUAGUUAACUUUUAGUUAGGGGUUUUUUAUUAAUUUGUAAUAGGUGCGUGUUACGGCUAAAAGUUGAAAUUAAAAAUGUAAUAUUCAUAAUUUCAUAAUAAUCUGAUAAGCUGUUGCUAAUUAAUAAGUUAUGGUUUUUAUUAUUGAACAAAAUCUACAAUUGUCAGUAAAGUUAAAAAAAUAGACAUGUCUACUUUAGAUUUUCAUAAGUAGGUAUUUUGUCCAUCCAAAUACAAAAUUUUAUUAAAAAGCAUUCACGCUUGGACUAAUAACAUAUAGACUAAUAACUGCAACACCUAACAAUUUUCACAUCAAACAUAAGCUACUUCUGUGACUAUGUGAGCGUAAGAGCUAUGCUAAUUGCUUUCGCCGCACACAAGCGUACUUAUCGUAGCGUAGGGAUGUGUCAAGGGCUCCUAUUUCGGGGCACAUAAAACGGCUUACGAAUCCUGCGGCUACACUUUAUAUUCACUAUAAUAACAUCGUAAAAGAUGACGAUAGGUCUGUUAAAUCGAGUGAUAUAUUGCCUAAUUGUACAUUAUUAAUUAAAACAAAUUUUAGAUGUGUCGUCCUAUACUUUCACUUUUAGCCGAAACAUGUAUUUGUGUAUUAAUGAUUGUGUGAUAUUUUGCAUUUGUGACGUGUCCAGUAUUAGGUAUAUGUGAUACAAUGGUAUAAUAGUGUUAGAAAGUAUUAAGACUGUGUGCUUCAUGUGAUAUUCACGUAUCUCAAUUGUAGAUCUCGUUUUAUUGUUUUAUUUUUUUAAAUAAUCAAUUUGGUUUCCUGCAUUUAAAGGACUAAUAUCUUCUAUUUUUAUACUUAACCUAAAUAUGAUAGUGUAUGCGAAAGUUUUUGAUAUCAAGAUUGUACGCUGAUUCUGCUUUUGUAUAAUUUUAGCAUUCGAACGCAUUUAAUAAACUAUUUUACAUUAAUGCCAUGUUUGAUUUUCAAAAACACUUUUAGAAUUAUUAAAUUCAUUGUAGAAUUAUUUGUUUAUGAUAUACAUGACUUUCAUGGUUAUUGUAACUUAUACAAGUACAUAGUAAUUGUUACCAAAAAAGUAUAUAAUAUAUGUAAAUAUGUAAUAGUAUAUAUUAUAUAGUAUAUGUAGCAGCACAGUGGGACUAAGAUUACCCAACUACUAGAGGGCCGCUAAAAUGUAUACAAAUUAAAUAAAAAAUUAAACAAAGCCUUAUUAAAAUCAACAUCAGGUGCGAAAAAUUAAUGAUGCCGCAGUAUGAUUUCACGAACUAUUUUAAAGGUUAUGAGUUUAAGUUAUUGAUAUGAGUAAAAUAGUAACAAUGCUAAUUAAUGGUUUAAAUUAUUUUUUAACAGUAGAAAUAUCAAUUAGAUUUCUUUUAUUGUAAUUUCGUUAAUUUUAUGUUAACAUAGAUAGUUGUAGUGAUCAUACUAUAGGGUAAGUCCAGGAUAGAUGCCCCACUUUUCGAAAAUGCCAAAUAACUCCGAAAUUUAGAAUCUUAGAGCAUUGCGUUCUUUGGGAGAUAUUAAAUAUAUUUCUUAAUGUUUUAUAUUAUCUGAAUCGUUCUGAUAUAGACUGUGUAGAUUUUGUGUAAAUUGUAUUUUUUGGACCUCUGAAAAAUGGGAUAGACGCCUACUGUGGCGGAUAGAUGACUUAUCAUGAAAAAACUUCUGAGGAUAGGUGCCCCUAGUGGGGACCGACGACUUAGUUUAAACAUUGUAAUUGGUUUGUUCUGAAAUCAAAGAACUAUAUUAUUAUAAUCAGUCUUUAUGGUGUUUUAUAUAACUUUUAUUUUCAUUUCUUGGUCAUCUUCAUCAAAGUUAUGCUUUAGCUGUAGCUUUUUAACGAAAUGGUAUGCUAACUGACGUAUUGGUGUUCAGUCCGGUGAAAAUUCAGCUUCUCCUAAUUUGAAUGUAAGAGCCACGAGUCGUUUUUCGUUAUUAUAGGAUGUUUUCCUAAAAUAAAUAAAAAUAAAUGCCAAUAAAUAUAUCCAAUAUAUAUUUUUUUCAGUAAUAAUUAUGCCAAACAGUAACUACAAUGAUAUGAUGCAAUAAAAUACAAAGUAAAAAUCAAAUUUAAAACAACAGUAAAUAUACAGUAAUUUUGAAAAUAAGUUAUAACAUAGGUACUUAAUGUCAAUUUAUUUUUGCCAUUAAUAGCAAAUCUUCGUCUUAAUAUUUUAGAUGGUACUCCUUAUAUUCUAGAAAUCUGAUUUACGCCUUUCUUUCCCUUUUUCAUCUCUUCAAACGCUGCUAGCAUACUGUCUUCGGUGUGGGUUAUAGUUCGAGAGACAACACCCUGUUUUCUUUUAUAUUUACUCUCCUGCAACAACACAACACUUAAAAUAAACAGUUGGGGAUAGUUGCCCUUAGGGGCAUCUAUCCUAAUAAAAAACGGGGCAACUAUACUUUUUGUAGGGGAUAGAUGCCCUUAUCAAUAAAAACAAAAGUUGAGUUUCAAUUACUAUAAAAUCUAUCAGUUUACAUAGGCGGCUAGUCUUCAAUGUAUUCAGACAAAUAGAAAAAAAAUAGACAUUAUAAGCGAGAGAAAAAAUACACUGUUGGAAGUACUUACGAAUCUUAUUUUGGCGCCUUUUGUCGUCUCACCGCGGAAGAUUUUUACUCACACAGACGAAGCGUAUGCACUCCGGUCGAAAUUCCUCCCGACACUAAGGUUUGCAGGGGGAGGACUCGUUACUUACAGUAAAAUUGAACUCUCACAGUGUUCCUAACAUAGUGAAAUAAAAAUCAAGUCAUCUAUCCCACUGGGGCAUCUAUCCUGGAAUUACCCUACAUAUAUUUGGGACUAUUACUCUCAGAAAUUUUUAAAAAUUAAAGCAAACAACAAAAAUUUGAUAUGGCUAAUUUAUAAUUUCGAUGUACAAUCUUGUAUAGUACCAAUUGUUAUGAAUUUACAGAUUCACUAUGGCAGACUGGUGAACUUAUAGAAAUGGUUAAUGGGAAACAAACUUUGAUAGUGAAUGAGUAUUCGUAUUAUCAAAAGGGUGCGAUGAAAGGUGGUAAACUUUGGCGGUUUUGUUGUAACAAGGCCGAUUGUAAUGUUUAUCUUCACGUCGAUCACGAACUGCGAGUGGUCUUCUGUGGUGGCAGCCAUAACCACCCUCCCAGGAAGUUUUUCAAAACCGCUUGUGGAAAAUACAUGAGACUUUGAGCAAUCAAAUGUGAAAACGUAGAGCGUGCAAAUGAGUUAACUAAAUUAUUCUUAAAUUCAA